GGUACUGAAGAGAUUUAUAUCAGAUAUCAGGUGUGCAACUUGCAAUUAGAUUUAUUGUCAAUGAAUCCGCAACUUUGUUUUGUUUCUUUCAUUAAGUGGUUGUCCAUAAAAGAUUAGAAACAUUGAAAAUGCCAGUCACAUUAUGAGUGUUAGAGAUAUUCCUCACACACAAGAAAAAACGGAGUGACUGAAGUUGUGAUUUAUCUAUCCUCUGUUUCUAUAUAUGUUUGUAAUGUGAGCUCUGUAGGCUACUAAAUAAUAAUAAAAAAGAACAAUAUGAAAAUUUCUGACAAAAUAUAGCCUACCACUGAAAUAUUAAGUGUAGCCUACUGUAAAUAGGCCUACUGCUCAUAAAUAACUUACAUAAUGAAUCUAGGUAACUCUACAUGGACAGCAAACUAACAGCCAGCCUAUAACCUAAUAGUCCAUCUAUUAGUAGGCUAUAUCCAAUACAUGAUUUCGCACCAUUAAUCAAACGUUGUUAUCCGCUAUGUUUCUACAUCUAUGAAGUCAACAACUCGUGUUACAACAUUUUCUCAGACUAUCCGACUUGUUGUUUAUCUUCAGGGCGGGUUCACGUGAAUUUUCCAAGUCGGGUAAUCAUUUCUCCGAUUAUUCCGACACCCCAUGAAUGCACAGUAACGCUUCACACUUCGGAUCUCUGUUGUUUUCUGGACGAAAUCAAGUAUGGCUGUCCUGUGCUGGAUGGCUGUGAAACUGGCCUUGUUGAUGUCUGCAGGAAACUGUUUGGCUGCUGUUGUGGACCAGAACCAACUUGUAGGAAUUGUAGAUGAUAUUGUGAACAGGUACAGGCCAAGCUACAAGAAUCCAGAUGGCAGUCAAACAUUCCCAAUGUUCAGUCUGGCUGUGAGCAUCCCAUACAACAAUACUAUGAAAAAGUAUGAUGUCAAUCAAGUCCUUGACAAUGCUGAACAAGUGAGGAACACGAUUGUAAACUGUGACGUUUACAGGGGCACGAGGGUGGUUGCAGCUACACUUCUAAAGUGGCCCAAUGUUCUGAAUCAGUGUCCUAGUGGACUUGUGUCAUGGCGUCAUGUUCUGAGACAAUGUCCCAGUGUUGUGACAUGGGAUGAUUUACAGAGAGUGUGCCCUGUUGCCAUUCGCGAUGGUACAACUGAUCAUGCAGAGUACCGUACACUGCAGCACUUUAACACCUUGGUCAACAAUCGUGACAAAGAUGAUUUGUUGCUUUUUUAUGUUUAUGCCUCCCCCUGUGCAGCAAGAUGUACAAACGAAAACAAUACCAGAAACAUUCUCAACCUCAUAAAACCCAUUCAGAAUUGGCAAAAUUAUGCUUUUGUGUUUUCUAAAGUUUUCAAGCCCCGCCAAGGUGAUCCCAUGCUUGUGGAGGACCUAAAGGGAGCCCUUAUGCAGCUUGGGACAUCAAUCGGUCUUGACAACAUAUUCCGUUGUGACAGAGUACGUGGUUGGACAGGUUGUACCAUUUGCUCUUCUCGUGGUCAAAUUACACCUCAGUGUUUAUCAGACGAACCAUAACCUAGUCUCAGCCACCCUCAUGUGACCUCCACUUGAGGUCAGGUGAUGGAGGUGGCAGGAGGGAAGAUAAUUUCUAAGGACUGCUGUGAUUCAGGUCACAUAGAUUUGCAGGGAUGUGAAAAGAGCAACAGAGCAAAAGCUCUAACACUUGAGUUAAGUGACUGUAUUGCUGCCCAAUUAGAUGUUAUUAGGUUAUAUUAUCUCGCUAUUAGUGAUGUUCGGCUCGUUUCCCUCCUGUGAAGCACUGUUUCAAUACAUUGUACUUGAGCUUGCAUCAAAUGAUCAUAUCAGGGCGUGAUGUUUAGGGCUUAAAGCUCAUAGAAUCAAAACUCUAGUAUCCCAAAAUCUAUUAGAUUUUCAGAAUAAAUUAUUGAUUAUACAGAAAUGUCAACCUGAGAAGAGCUCUAAUCAGCUAAUUAACUCAAAACACCUGCAAAAGUGUCUUAAGCCUUUAAUCUCUCAAUCUGGUUCUGGUGCUCACAAUUAACUUAACCCCAUAUUCAGAAUUUUAUCUAGAUUUGAGAUGCUCCUGUACUAAUGUAACAACAGUAAUAAUAGGCUAAUUUAAUGAAUAUGACUGUCUGAACCUCAUAAAUAUCAACCGUCAGGUUGGGUUAACACUUUUUGACUUUUAUUGCACGCAUGAGACUAAAGUUAUUGGUAUCAGCGAGUUAUGGUGGCGUUUUGGCCUCAGUCUAAAAGUUUUACACAACACCAGCUGCAACUGUGUUUGCUUAGCUUAAAGCCCCAAAGCUUCAUAAUGCUUCAUCCACCUAUCAUUACUCACUAGCUAAUGUCAGCUGAUCUGAUUGUGUUUGAGGGACUAUUUUGUCAUACAGAUGAGUCAGCUAGGGAAGAGGAAGAACAGGCAUCACAGCAGGUGGAUUAACUGCACAUUGGUGAUUCCCACCUCCAAUGAUGAUCAGAAACUUUAUUACAUAUUUCUACCAUACCUUAAAAAUAGUAACAUAAGAUAAAUUAAGUCUCUUUUUAGUUGCCAGAAGUGAAAAUGACUGAUCCUCAACAUUUUUUGAGCUGGAGAACAAUUAAAUAAAAACUAGACUGAAGGCUCCACAGGACAAUUAUUUUCCAUAGAAACAUUUAUCUUUUUCUCAGAUAGUGUAUAGAUUUUUAGGCAUUCUAUCAUCUCAAACAGCAUGAAAAAUAGUGCAUUUAACAGGCUUAAUGGAAAAACGGACCACCCCUAGGUUUGGGCAAAGCCCCUAAUGUUUAUAACAUUUGGCUCCGCCUCUGCCAAGGACAAGAAAAAAGAAUCUGAAGCGCUACCAACUUUUCGACAAUCCAAUCAGGACUUAGACAUAUCAUGGUUUGAUACCCAGCCUUUAAGGAUGCAAUCACAUGUUCAUGUUGUAGAAAAGCUGCAUAAGAGGCCCUGCAGGUGCUCCUUUUAGAGGGUUAAACAAAACAUUGGGAACGUCUCCGUCCACUGUGGUGAUUUACAGUUAAAAGCCUUCAGCAUUAAAACACCUCUUUAAUAUCUCUUUGUGUCUGGGGAGAUAACUUUGAUUAUGACGCCAUUCAUCAAUUCUAUAAUUAAACUAAAUACUGGAAAAUGAAAGAUAUUCUGUUCUUUCUGAUUAAAGCUUGGCUCAGCAUCUA